CGAUCGGUGCAAAGCUAAUUCCGCCCUGGUGGGGAGUUUUGCUCUUAAUUUGCCGUUUUGCUCGGCCAUUGUCAGAAAUGGCCGGGUGCUGCAGCUGCUGGGAGAACGUUCCGGUGUGGAAGCAGGCAGUGAAGGCGUAUAAAUAUAUGAGUGCGAUCUUAUCGGUGACUCACACUUCCACGGAUCCUGCUGACGACACCAGGAAGCCGAGUAAAAUGGACAUCCACCAGCUCGAGGAGCAGUAUUUCUGCAUCAAGCGGAAGCGCAGGGAGCAGCCGCACAUGAUCGUCUUCAAAGCAGGAGAAAAUGAAUUGGUGUCGGGAGAACCUUUGGUCAACACUGUUCCUGUCAACGGACCGAUCAAGAAACCAAAGCCAUUUAAUGAAGAGAUGCCAGCCGCAGACGUCACCCUGGAGUCACAGAACAAAAAUUACACGACCAGCGGUAACGAAUCGUGGCACACGCACCUCAACAUGCACCGCAUGGUGCAACUGGAAGGUCACUUCGCCCUGGAGAACGGUCCCAAAGAAAAGGAGAAGAAAAUGAACUUUGAUGACAAAAGCGUACAAUUCAACAGGUUACUUAGUUUCGAAAAGUUUCCGAGCGACAAAGGACUCCAUAACACGGAAAGAAGGAGCAGCGGAUCUUCUCGGGAGAACAAUGACUUGUACAGGAAAUCCUCCUUGAAACACCCUAUCCCUGCGCACUAUCACUUCCCUGCCUUGAAGGGGACAUCUCAUGGAGAUAAAGACUUCUACUACCCCUUCCCUCAGAGGAAGAACCCUCGGAUAUCUGAAACCGCACGAAAACUGGGUUUAUACGUAACGCAUUAAAGCAAAUAUUUGGGAGACGCCAUCCGACCUCUUAACCCCCGGAUCUCUACUUUAUUUUGUUAUUAAUUAUCGUGCUUGAUGGACUUGUUGGACUUUAGACUGGUGGCUUCCCGCUGACACCUCCCGAUGGAAGGAUCUCGCUUUUCAACUGACUCCAGAAACCGUCUUCUUCUUCCUUUCGUGAUCCUCAUUACUUCUCAUAAAUGUAUCAAGAUUGUUUUUGUUCCUGUAAACAUUUAUUUUAUUGUUAACGCUGAAAAUACAAUAAAAACCCUUAAAAAUUU